AUGGCCUCCCAGGGAUUUGAUAAUACAGGACUGGGGACCUCAGAAGGUGGAACCUCACCAGGUAGUCAUGAACGAGAGGAUACUGAUGGUUCUGUUUAUCAGCUCUUGGACGGACCAAGUGAUGUUCAAAGAGGAGUACUGCAAGCCCUCGGGGCCACCCAGAUCCUGAAUGGAAUAGUGAUUCUGGCCCUGGGUGUAUUUUUGGGUUCUUUACAGUAUUUGUCUCACCAGUUCAGGCAUGUCUUCUUCUUCACCUUCUACACAGGCUAUCCAUUCUGGGGUGCUGUGUUUUUUAUCAGUUCCGGAUCCUUGACUGUUGCAGCAGGGAGAAAGCCCACAAGAAGCCUGAUGGAGAACAGUUUUGGGAUGAACAUUGCCAGUGCAACAGUUGCCUUUGUUGGGACUGUUUUCCUUUCUGUACAUUUGGCACUCAAUACUGAGGAGUUCAAGAGUUGCCAGUCUUCCCGCUCUCCUGACUUAUGCAUUUGCCUGGGUUCUUCAUCAAAUGGCCUGGUAUCUCUAAUGCUGAUCCUCACCCUGCUGGAGUUGGCAGUGACCAUUUCCGUCUCAGUCAUGUGGUGUCUAGGAAACAUUAGUGGCUCGAGAAAGGCAAUUUCUUCACCUUCUAAGUCUGCAGAAUCUGGAAUACCCCCUGAUGGAAGUGAUUCUGAGAACCCAAACACUCAGCUUCAAGUCACCACAGAGUGA